AUGGCUCGCACCCUAGGCACGAAAGCGCUGCAAUUGCACGCAAUCCUUCCAGAAUCCGACGAAUCCGAUGUUACAGGCAGUUUACAUAACAAAAUCAUGGACAUAUGGCGUCGAGAUUCCGGCUGCACCUUACAAGAGAGCUUUGAAAGUCUUGAACUGUUCGAUUAUGCGUCCAACUUUCUUCUCCUCAAAGUUUUCGAUACGCCUAUGGAACACCUAGACUGGGUAGAUAACAGUCAAAAGUCCGAUAUCAUGGAUGGCCACGAUAUAUUUCUCGACAACUGGAUGUCUUUUCACCAACGUCUUCAGUCGUUUUUGACACCAUUUGACAUUCUGUCCUUGUUUACGGAUGGCAUAGGAAAGGAUAAUGAGAGAAAGAAAGUUUCCCUAUAUUUGCUCAAAUAUCUGUUGUCGAGUGAUGGGUAUGGAUUCCAACCUGGAAUGAGAGAGCUUGAAAAGGACGUCCAGCGUCGGAAGCAUGGAAAGCUUAUCGAAGUCAUCAAUGGAGGUCGGCUGCCAGAGGACGAGUAUUCAACGAUGCAUUUGACAUCACUGACGAAAUCAUACAACACAAGCAAAGUAACUGGUUCUGGUGGAAAGACCUAA